AUGGCCACCGCGCACGUUUUCCUCUGCCUCGUCGCCGUCGUGCUUGCUGCGGCGGCAGCAGCCUCCCCAGCUCACAAUCAGCAUUCGCAAUGCCUCGGCAACCCGCCGGACCUGUCCCGGCGUGGCGGCGAGUCUGGCGAGGUCGUCGGCGACCUACCAGGGGGCUUCAGAGCCUACGUCACUGGCCCGGCCAUGUCCAGCCGCGCCGUCGUUCUCGCCUCCGACGUCUUCGGGUUUGAGGCGCCUAUACUCAGAACGAUCGCUGAUAAAGUUGCUGAGGCUGGAUACUUUGUCGUGGUGCCGGAUUUCUUCAACGGGGAUUUUUAUGACACAAAUAAAAACAUUUCAGAGUGGAUCAAGUCUCACUCCCCGGUAAAAGCUGCCAAAGACGCCAAGCCACUCUUUGCUGCUUUGAAGAAGGAAGGGAAGAGCAUUGCUGUUGGCGGUUAUUGCUGGGGUGGAAAAUUCGUUGCCGAGAUAGCAAAAACUGACGAUAUAAAAGUAGUUUGCCUUUCUCAUCCUUCAACAGUGACGGCUGAAGAUAUGAAAGAGGUCAAAUGCCCAAUUGAGAUCCUUGGAGCUCAGAAUGAUACGUCCACACCGCCAAAACUAGUUUACCAGUUCGUGAAUGCCUUGCGUCAAAGAAAUGGGAUUGAAUACUUUGUCAAGAUCUUCCCAAGAGUUGCCCAUGGAUUUGCUUGCAGAUAUAAUACCUCUGACCCAUUUGCAGUCAAAAAUGCUGAACAAGCUCUUGCUUACAUGCUUGACUGGUUCCAUAAAUACUUGAAGUGA